AUUUUCAGACAAUGCUUCUUCCAAAAACCAAUAAAUGGAAGACAGUGAAAUCACAGCUCAGAUUGCCGUGGGCUUCUAUAUUUUUGGUGAUAUCCGUCAUAUGUCUGAUUAUAUUUUUGUUCAGCGGAGGAAAUGAUGAAGUACGCGAAUUUUAUGAAAAGAUGCAUUUGAUGGAAGUUGGAGAAGAAAAUGCAUUUAUUCAUAAUGCAUACUUUUACUCGAAUUCUAAAUCGCUUGGAAAAAACGCCGUAGCAAUUGUGGCCACUAUGCACAAAGAUGCCGUAACCGAUUUGAACGAUUUCAUUUUGAAAAUCGUCGGAACAAACUCCACCAAUCGAUUUGUAACCGAUGGGAAGUUGACAACUGAGCAAAACCCGGAUGAAAGUUGCAAAUACACUACAGUACUGAUCCAGACGAACACGUUGGAUUCGAUGUCAAAAUUAGAGAUUGAGACAAGAAAUGGGCUUGUUACGUUCCCAUUCUCUGAGCCAAAAGUGCAAUCUACCAAGCCUGUGGUCUUCUGUAUUGCACCCCUUUUCGCAUCAGAGCAAUGGCAAUCCUUCCUAAUGCAACUUCAAGUUUCCAACAAAUUCGGAGCCCACCUUCAUGUCUACAUGAUGACAAUGCUCGAAAACUACUAUCAAAUGGUCCGGGAACUCGGCCAACUCGGGAUUGUCACCACUCAACCUUGGUUGACGCCAAAGUUCUCGCAGGUUGCUCGCCCGUUUUUGGAGCCGAGCAGAAAUUCGGAGCUGAGAAAUCCGGCGGCCGCAUUUACGGAUUGUCUGUUACAGUAUAAGGAAGCAGCACAGUUUAUUGGAUUUAUGGAAAUUGAAGAUUUAUUGUUUCCGUUGAAUACACUAACUUAUUAUGAAGAAUUUGAGAGGGAAUAUGAGGGAAGCUAUCAGAUUAGUGCACUUUAUUAUCAGGUUGUAGAACAGCAGUCUGUGAAAUACAGCUCCCCAGAGAACCAAAGUCUCGGAGCACUUCUGACGAGGGCUCAAUCCGGAGAAACUUUAAAAAUGGGAAGAGCAAUUGUUCGCCCAGAACGGUACAAUUCCACAUGGGCCUAUUACUCGACGGAAGCUGAAAAGCACCCGGUCUACCUGGCGGAGCAAGACGAUAAGCCACAUUAUCUGACUAGAAAAGAGAUUUUAACGAAUGCAUUUUUAAGAUUCAGCAAUUUGGAAUAUACAUCCGAAAUCGACAACUCUACAGUAAUCCCAAUGAAUCCACUGACUACGGAUAGGCAACUUUUGAGUGAGGAACAGCUGGCAGAGAUUGAUCAAGAAUUGAAAGAGACGCUCCUCAUGCCGAGUAUUCAAGAAUUUGUGAAACAAUUGCCAACCGAAGAUUAUUAUUCAACAAAAUUGAAGGCUUGCCUGGAAGCUCAAAAGCAGGGAAAGGGGCAAUGUGUGAAUACGAAAGCGUGCAAGCUCCCCAACAACGACAAAAUCCCAUGUCGACACUCUGAUGGUCUCUAUCACUCCGGGAAAGUCACAAAACCUUACACAUUCCAUUUUGUCACCGAAUAUUAUUUUACAAGGAAUUUGGGAUGCUAUGAAUAGAGAUAUCAGGCUUUGUAUAUAAAAAAAAAUGAAGAGCUUGAAACGGUUU